UGACACUGAACACUCUCGGUUGUCACUUGAUUGAUGCAUACGUAUACACGUCCGUAUGUCUGUCGAAUCAUACAUAUACACACACACGUCCAGUGCAAUGUCGGUCAGUCAGUCACCUAAUACACCGCAUUCUCCCUGGCCCCUGCUCAUUCAUCUUCACUCGGCAGCCCAGGCACGUCCUUGAUCACCACUGCACUCUUCGCGACCGGCCUCCUCUCCCCGGGCAGCGUCACCAGAUCGAACCGAACCCUUUCGCCAACAGUCAGCUCUUCACUGAAGUGCCUCUCCCCUCGCCAACAUGACAUCGUUCAUGUGCAAAAAGACGUCUGGACCGCCGGUGGCUGGUUUGAUGAAUGCAUAGCGCUUGUUGCGGAGCACCAAGCUUGACGCAGAAGCCAUCCACGUUCUCGGCAGUUGUGGCAGCUGCAGACGGGGUCGUUCCAAGGUUGCGGGAGAAGGGGAGAGGAAGUCGUGCUCUCGCUGCAGCCUGCUGGAUGGCCCUCAUCCCUCAUCUAUGUACGACUCAUCCCUGCAUCAACCACAAGAAGAUCGAUGCAUAAUUCCAUCUUCUUGUGCAUUCAAUCUUCUUGUAUCUCAACGAAUACACCGCCAUGACUGGUCGAGACAAUUGUCCAUGAGCGUAUCACCGGCUCGUGUAGUCGUAUGCUCCCCAAUGCCAAUGACAUACUCCCAUCAGUUGUCCACACUCUCACUCUCAUCACUCAUCAUCAGCCCCUCCCGCAAGCCAUGCGGGCCAGUCAACAGCAUCUGGGGCCGGUUCAGGCAGCGAUGCCCGGAGGGACGCCCACCAGUCAGCUGAACUUUCCGCUUGAGAGGCCUCCUUGAUCACCUCUCUCGGGAUAUCCCUCAAAUUCUCCCUGUCCAGCCCCAGCCCUUUCUGUCCCUCCCCCUGUGACAGCUUCUUGGUUGCCCGGAGGCGCCGCCCGCAGCCCCAUGUCCCUGCUUCCACGCCAUAGUCCAUAGCGCAGGUCUUGCACGCACGGACGGAGGCCUUGUUCUUGAUGUCCUCCCCGACGACACGCUGAGGGCAUGUCAAUCUCCACUCCCGCUUGUUGGGGUAGUCCUCGUCGGGCACGCCGCAGCCAUUCGCUAUCACCUUGCUCAUGCCACCACACUGUCUCAUCUCAUCAAGCUGCUGGUCAGUGGCCUGAAACCACACAUGAAUUACCCAGCAAAUGUCCUCGAAGUCGGGGUUGAACUGAACGCUGAUGCCGAGAGGUGCGUCCGUUGCGAGCAGGCAUCGAUCUCUGCGUCCGACCGCAGACUCCGCGCCGAUGCUAAGGCCUGAAUGCAGAUCUCUCGUACCAUGAAGAUCCGCCGACUCAUCCCCGUCACUCGCAAGCCUCAGCACAAAAAAGCAACGAGACGG